AAAUAGAUGCUCCAUCCCGUCACGUCAUUAUCUCACCACCAACUUCAUUACGCUUGCAUGCAACUUCAUCACCACCGACUCCCAUCUCUCUAUACCCCUCUUUCUCUCUCCGGAAUAAAAAAAGCGAGGGUUCAAGAAACAUUGCCGCCAACACCAUUGAAGCACCGCUAUGCUCUCCUGCUCUCUUCCUCUUCGUCUCCAUUAGAAAGUCCACACAUCAUGAAACAAACUUCAAUGGAACUCAACAGUACCAGAAACAAGAAGAGGUCUCUCUUCGCUUUCAUCUCACUCGUUUUCCUUUUCGUGUUAUCAUUCAAUGGCGCUUCCAUUUUCUCCGUCAAGAUUCCUUCACUUGAUCGCACCGACCAAUCGCCGCCAAAAUUAGGCCGACAUUCAAGAAACUUGAUCUCUGUAUCUUCUUCUUCAUCAUCAUCUCCAUUGAUGCACGCAGUAAAAGAAGAAACGCCAUCUGAAAUUUCAAUACCCCAUCUGACUUUACAAGCGAACUCAGAAGAAACUGAAGUCACCGGCACCGGAGAUCCAAUAAACUUCGUCUCUGUACCGUUUUUCAAGCACCCAGUACAACAACGGCGAGAAAAAAUGGCGAUCGGGAAACAAGAAAACCUAAACCCACAUGUAAUUCCGAACACCCAUUUGCCACAUUCGCGUAAAUCACACAGUUUCACGAUUGAAUCUGAGGAUUCAUCCUCAACCAGAAACAAGAAACUACUGAAGAUGUUGACUGCUUUUGGGUCUUCUCGCGGCCGCCGGGGAAUAGAUUUUCCGGCGAGGGUGAAGGAGUUCUUUAUGAAGAAAAACGACGGUGGUUCUUGCAAGGUCCGUUUCUUUAUGACUUGGAUUGCACCAGUGAAUGCGUUUAAUGAAAGGACGUUUCACUCAAUUGAAUCCAUAUUCAAAACAAAUCCAAAUGGGUGUCUUCUGAUUGUAUCAAACUCAUUGGAUUCGAUCAAAGGAAACAGGAUUCUCAAACCCUUUUCCGAAAAAGGGUUCCGAGUAACAGCAAUUUCUCCUGAUUUCGAUUACUUGUUCAAGAGCACCAUGGCAGAAUCUUGGUUUUCAAAGCUAAUCCGAGGUCAUGUUCACUCCGGCGAUGUCCCAUUAGGCCAAAACAUCUCGAAUCUCCUUCGACUUUGUUUGUUAUACAAAUACGGUGGUGUUUAUCUCGACACCGACGUAAUAGUCAUGAAAUCUUUCUCCAAAUUAAAGAACUCAAUCGGAGCACAAACAGUUGAUCAAAAUUCCAAGAACUGGAGCAGAUUGAACAAUGCAGUCAUGGUAUUCGACAAAAUGCAUCCCUUACUUUACAAAUUCAUCGAAGAAUUUGCAUUAACUUUCAAUGGCAACAAAUGGGGUCACAAUGGUCCUUACUUGGUUUCAAGGGUGGUAUCAAGACUCCAUGGAAGACCUGGAUACAAUUUUACCAUUUUACCCCCGAUGGCGUUUUACCCAGUUAACUGGGACAAGGUUCGGAUUCUUUUCCGUGAGGGUAAAAACGAGACAGAUGCAAGAUUUUUGAGGGCGAAGUUGGAACAAAUUCGAGACCAAAGUUACACUGUUCAUCUUUGGAAUAAGCAAAGUAGAGGGCUUCGUAUGGAAGAUGGAAGCAUUCUUAAGAAGAUUUUAUCAGAUCAUUGUGUUUUCUGUAAUUCAUCAGCCAGCGACUAUAUUGUAAGUACAAUGGGAUAAAGAUUCAUUCGUCAACUUUCUAUUUUUAGUAAGGCAACUAUCUUUCAUCAUGCAUGAACUAACUCAGUUCACUUCACAAUCAAAUCUUAGAUGUAAAAAGAGUGUAAAAUUGUACUUUCGUUUUUUGAUUCUUGAAUGAUAUAUACUAGAC